AUUCUGAAUUAGCUGUUAAAAUAGCAGCUGAAGAAGACAAACGAAGACGUAAUACAGCAGCAUCUGCCAGAUUUCGUGUAAAGAAAAAAAUACGUGAACAAGCACUUGAAAGGACUGUGAAAGAAAUGACCUCAAAGGCCGAAACACUUGAGGGUCGGGUGAAAGAGCUCGAGAUGGAAAUCAAAUGGUUGAGAGGUUUGAUUGUAGAAAAGGAUGCUAGAUUGUUGGAUAUUGAACGUCCUGAUAGAAAACAUAAGAGCUCAACUGAAAGCAAGGGCACAGAAACGGCCUUAAAGGCGGAAUCCAACGAUCAGUCAAACAAAAAAGAUUAA